AUGACGACCAAAGUCUUGUCGUCGUCGUCAACCGACACGAAUAUGAGUGCACAGGCGCAGGCGCAGCAACCACGCACACACUCCCAGACCGGCCUGCUACCACCCGACAUGACUCCUCCGGCACAACCAUCCUCCACCACCAACAACCCCACCCUGACCACGUCCGCCAACAACGUCAACACCUCCCAAAACAACAACAACAACCGCCAGAGUCUCCGUCGCAGUCUCAUGUCGACGCGCAGUCACACAUCACAGCGCUCCAGACCCGCCUCUUCCGUCUUUCCCAUCUUCCCCUCGUCGCUGUCCUACGCCCUGGUCCGCGACUUUGCCUAUCCUCAAUUCCACCCUCUACAUUUCGGUCCCUCACCAGAGCCCGCCAGCCGUACCUCUGACGACGCUUCGAACUUCUCUUCUAGCAGACGCCUCAGCGAUCCUCCCAUCGGCAGCUGGGAUCCUCGUGGCUGGGGUGCAGGCCCCUGGGGCGGUGAUGGCGGUGCUCACUAUGCCCCAGGCGACCAAUUGCCAUCCACGAGUUUCGACGACGAUGCCGAUGACGAUGUCACGGGUACCGCCAAGUUGGCAAAGAACCACAGAAAGAGCAAGUCGGCGCACGAGGAACCCAGGGGCAGAAGUACCACGAAACGCGGGCCGCGCAACCAGGUACCAGGACUCGACAGUCAGGGCUUCUUUGCUGCCGGCCCAGACGACGAUGAUGAAGAGGAAGAGGACGAAGACACAGAAGACGAAAGCAACCAUCACAACAAGAGUACUGGCAGCACAUUGCCGGCGCACCGCUACACACACUCACCAGAAGGCCUCUUCAGCCGCCACCACGCCCGCCUCUCAGCACUCGAGCCUCCCUUCUCGGAUAGCAGCGAUCCAGCCGACGCGCCAGGCGGACCUCUACACCACCUCCACGAUGGUCACGCACACCGCCCCACUUCAACCUCGCUGGACGAAUCCUUUGCUGGCCCCAGUCUAGCCCUCUACAACUUUGUACCUGAAAACAGCAACGAGCUUGCCUUGCGCGAGGGCCAGAUCAUCCAAGUAGGCUAUAGACACGGCCAAGGCUGGCUGGUAGCCAUGGACCUCGAGUCAGGCGAGCAAGGCUUGGUGCCUGAAGAAUACGUACGCCUACUCUCGGAGAUUGAGGGCUGGNGGGAACACCUCGAAGGCGUCGAAGAAGAAGGAGAAGCAGACGAACACGGCAGCUUCGAAGAAGAGUUGGCACAAGAAGUGCACAACGAAAGCAGAGCAAGAGAUACAAACGUCAAAGCCGCCGCUGUUGCAGGAACUCAAGAGAAGAAUCUGCCGGUACGGGAUAAGGAUGUGCGGUAG